UUCUACUGUAUAGCAAUUUACCGUGUGGUAUAGCAAACAAUCCACAAUGCCUUUGACGUAUUUGAUUGGCAUACCAUUUGGUUGGCUGUUGCUUGGCACAUUUCAAUAUUUUGUGUGUAUCGUCAUUUUGGGUGACAGUUUCUUAGACCCAUGGUAUUUCACGUGUGCUUGGAUAGUGGAAGUAAUUUCUACGCUCCCCGUUAUUAUGAUUAUAACGAUGAUCAAAUGUUUGUACGUGCAAGUGGAAAUACUGGAACACUGUGAAAAAGUUACAUGGAUUGGUUUUACAUUUUUACUUUUUCAAGGGUUGGCCAUUAUAAUACUUCUGCUUCCAAUGUUUAGAUCGUUUUCGAGGCAUUUCCGUUACGCUAAUAGCUGGAAAAAGCAUGAAACUAUACAAGUACAUUUGGAAACAAGUAACCAGAAGACAGCAAUAAAUAACGAUAAUAAUAUUGAACUACAAGAACUUAAUUACCACCCAAUAUUUCGAACUAAAUAAUAAUAAUCUACAAUUUAAUAUGUUAGGUACCCACCUAAGUGUUUUUUUUAUUAUAUAGCAAACAUAUUAGGUAGGUAUUUUUUUUGUAAUAAUAUUUUGUAAAAUGUAAAUAUAUCGAGUAUUUAGUAAUUUGUUAAUAUUAAUUAUCUAUUGGUAGGUACUUACUAUGGAAUCAUAGAAUAUACAGUAUCUACUUAACUAAAUCGUCUUAGCCCCCACAACUUUAAACUUAUUAAAAUAUAUUCUACGGAGAAUGGACUAUUAGGUAUAUAUGCUUAUAGUUCAUAAAGCUUAAUAAUUCAGAAAUUACUGAUUUCAAUUUUAUUUUAUAUGUAUAUUGUAUACUGACUAUUAGGAUUUUUUCAAGGGUGGUGUGCAGACACCCAAAACGGUAUAUACUAUAUACUAUAUACAAUAUUAUAGUGCUGUAUAAUUACCUAUAAUCUAUAUUUUACGUACCUACAAC